GCUGCUCCACUACCUCCACCCCGCCGCCCCCCGUCACUGCUGCUGCGGAGCCUCCUGCUGACACCAGCUCUGUGGAUCUGCUUCUUCUUCUUCUUCACAACAUGGCGCAGAUCAACUCGUGCAUCAAAUGGACCUUCACCGUGUUCAACGUCUUGUUCGCGAUCUUCGGGGCCAUCGUCAUCUUGUUCCCUCUGCUCUCUCAGGUCUACAUCAGAGAUGACAUGGAGGGUCGCACCACCGGCCUGGUGGUCCUGUACGUGGUGGGAGCCGUCACACUGGUGAUCGCCGUGCUGGGAGCGUACGGCGCCCACAGGGAGAACAAAGUGUGUCUGAUCCUCUUCCUGGUGUGUAUGGUGAUUGGAACUCUGAUGAUGCUGAGAAUUGGAAUCGUCGCUGCUUUCUUCCGACCUAAGUUGACAGAGAUCGUGUCGGAUAAGUUCCGUGAGCUGCUGCCGCUGGACACGGCCUCAGAGGAGGUGAAGAACAUGGCCGACGGCAUGCAGUCCCAGCUGCACUGCUGCGGCCUCUUCAGCUACUCGGACUGGGAGGACAACGUCCCGGAUUCGUGUGUGUGCAGCAGCAUGGAGGUGGAGGAGGGCAUGUGUCAGAGCCUCAGCUACUUGAACCUGUUCCCGAGGAAGCAGAUCUACAGCAAGCCCUGCUUCCCCAUCCUCAUGAGGUUCAUCCUCAUCGUGGCUGACGUCAUGACCGGCAUCGUCUUCAGUCUGGCUACGUUGGCGGUGCUCGGGAUGAUCCUGUCGUCCAUCAUGAUCCACCAGCUGCGUCACCCCACCCGAACCACCGUCCUGAUGGUUCCCAGCAUCUUCACCACUGGGCCGCCAAAGUACCAGGAGCUGCAGAACCCUCCGGUGUACUAGAGGAGCAGCGCUGCCCUCUGCUGUCAGCUUGUGGUAAAGGUCUGAAGUCUGAGGAGCGCCUUUGAAACAUUAACGUGAUUGUUAAAAAAGAUGCUGAAUGAAAAAUAGUUGUAAUUGGAUGAUUCUUCUGUUUCUGUCAGAAUCUCUUUUGUUAUGAUGUUUGUUGAAGUUUUUCUAACGAUCACAAGACUUUAUGGUUAGUAAGUUUCUCACGUCAGGAGAUAAAAGAGAAGAUGUUUCACUGAGACUCAAAUCUCAGACUUUUUGAAAAGAAUUCUGGCUUUAAAAUUCGAAAAAAGUAAGAAAUUCCAGAUCAGUUUUCAUAAAGACAAAUAACAUCCAGCUCUGCAGAUUUAAAUUAAGGUUAUUAAUUAGUUCAAUUGACCUUUGUUUACCUCCAAAUAAUAAAUUUUUUAAUUUGUGAACAUUUAUUUUGUCUUGUGAUCGUGUAGAAAACAAGAACUGAUUCUUCUCUAAAAUAAUUUUAUCAUAUUUACAAAAACAACUUUCACACUGAACCAAAUGUUCUUCAAACCACUGUUUGCUUCUAGUUUUCUUUAAGUUCAGGAAAAGCAGACAUCUGAUAAAAGUGCAAUUAACUCUGUUUAAACAAAUAGAAUUGUUUGAAGAAAAUUUUUUCCAUUCAACUGUGAAUGGUUUGAGAUCGUAGUUUAUUUCUAUUUUUAAAAUAUUUUUGAUAUUCUACACUUUGUAUUGAAUGUGACUGGGUCGGUUCUUUGUGUUACUGUCUCGUCCUGUUACAGUGUAAAGUGUUGUUAAAGGGAAGAAGUCACUUUACAGGUUUUUAAUUUUCUUAAAGAGUUCGGUUUCAUGUUUGAUGGUGAAAAGAUUCCAAAUAAAACGUAGACAGUAAA